UUACAUAGUUGUCAAAAACAACUGUUAUAUAUAAAUUAUUUACAUCAAUAUUUAUCAAUUUAUAUCUUAUAACAGUUAUAACAUAACAUAGGAAAAAACUGAUAACUAUUGUUCUUAUUUUUUAAAAGUCCCAAUAAUUACAAAAAAUGCGUUAGGAGCAAUGCCACUCCAGAAAACAAGUAUCCAAUUCAUCAAUUUAUUGGAUUCUCUACAACUAUGAAUUGAUGAGUUCUCUCUCAACAAAUCUAUUUUUCUCUAAAAAUGAAUUUUAGUUAAUUCCUUUAUACCAAUGCGUUCCUCUGUUAGCUAUAUACUGUCGACAUCUUCAUCUGAGCCAAAUAUGUCUCAUCCUGAUUAUGAACAAUUUACACACGAUCAUGCAGCUCUUUUGAUUCUUGUAAGACAGAUCGGUUCACAAUUAAAACCAAAAACAUUCAACAAAUUUUACGAUCGAUUUUCAAAAGUAUGCGGCAUUAAAAUUACUGAUUCUUCAGGCCAAAUACGAACCAUACAUGUACGUUAUGUAAGAGAACAUCCUGUAGAAAAUAAUGACUGGGGAGAUUUUCAAACUCAUAGAAGACUCCUUGGUUUGGUAACUUUGGGUAAAUAUGAUGGUCAACAAGAGCUCAAUGAGAUAUGUAGAGUGCAUGAAAGCUUGAAAGUGAAAUACACAAGCACUCUUUACGAUUCCAGAUGUUUAUUAUUUGGGCCACCUAAACAGCUCUCUAGUCCUGUAGAUAUUUCUAGUUCAAGUGAUGAUACAACAAAAAGUUCCCCUGAGGGUGAUGGUGCAAUUUUGAAAACUGGCAAAGAUGAUUCUGUGGAAAAAUAUCCAACUCCUAGUAAUUUUAAAACAAGAGCAUUAUUUUAUAAUGAAUCUGGUCCUUGUUCUGAUUUGGAGGAUCAACUAAUAGAGUUUAUACAUUCUUUGUUCUGGAUUCUGGAAUCUAAAAGAUUAGAAAGGUCUAGAGAAAAAUUGGAGCGAGUAACAUUAUUGUUAGCACCUUUUGAAAAAAAGGACUUUGUUGGUUUAGAUUUAGAAUCUAGAAAUAAUAAGAAGAGGUGUGCUGGAAGAAUGACUAAACAUUUGGGUGAUCUUUGUCUGCAAGCAGGUCUAACAAACGAGAGUUUGAGUUAUUAUGCUACCGCAGCAGAUACACUUAAAACCAUAAAUGACUGGUUGUGGUUAGGAGCAGCUUAUGAAGGACAGAGUGCUGCUUCAUCUAUAGUGAUAUACCCUAACAUUCAAAGGGGCUCUGCACUUCACCGAAAUGCCAGUUUGCAAGAAGGCUCACCCAAAAAAAUUCCCACAUCACCAACAAAUAAUGUUAUAGAUAUAACAGCAUUGAGAAAAGCCAUGCCCCAGUUAUUAGUUCCUGAUGAAAUAGCCAGAAAGUACAGAGAGGCAAUUAUACAUUAUAGCAAAUAUCAGAAUGCAGGAAUUGUUGAAACUGAGGCAAGUUUCAAAGCUGCUAGAAUUGCUAUUGAGCAGAAUCAUGCCUUGCAAGCUGCCAGUUUUCUGCAAAACGUUGUGUAUAUCAAUCUAACUCUUUCUGAACAAGAAAAAAUUGAAAGAUUUGAAACUUUGGCAGAUUUGUAUACUCAAAUAGGCUUUGUUCGAAAGGCUUCGUUUUGUCAGAGACUAGCAGCUACACGGUAUGUAUCUCCACAAAAUCCAACUCCUAAUUGGUCACAGUGUUAUAAUCUGAUGGUGCAGAGUUUACCUGGACAUAAACUCACAUUGGAUCCAGUUGAAGUCCUCACCUCAGAUCAGGGUUGGCCAGCCUUGCAAAUACAGCUACUUCAAGAACUUGUAGUUGCUGCUAAAAGAAUGGGCCAUUCAGCUUUGGCAACAAGACACAUGACCUUCCUUCUUCAAACGAUGUGGAAGUAUUUAUCUAAACUUGAGCAAAAGGAUCUUUGCAUACAACUUCAGUCUUUAGCAGCUCAAUGUGAAGGAGCUCCAGUAGCUUUAGUAUUGGAUAAUGGAUCAAUUAUACCACCAGCUAAUCUGAUUAACAUUCCAGUAUGUCAAGAAUUCAUACCUAGAAGUUUACAGCCUCAUCUGCAGCCCAGAAAAAUCAAAAUUGUUAAGCAAGAUAGUGGUCCAUUUUUAUUCACACCUAUUCAUUUUGGAAGCCUAGAACGGAACUCUUUAGAACCUAAAACUAAAAUGGAAUUCUUGUGGGUAGAAGGCGACCUCUGUACUGUAUCUCUGAAACUUUUAAACCCUCUUCCCUUUGAACUGAAAGUGAGCGAUAUGAGGUUAUUGACCUCUGGUGUUGUUUUUGAAUCAAUUCCAGAAACAGUAAUUCUUCCACCAGAUUCUGCUACUUUAGUGUGCCUUAGUGGAACCCCAAAAGAAAACGGAGAACUUGAACUUCAAGGGUUUAGUACCCAUGCAUUGGGGGUGAAGUCAAAUUGCCGAUUGAAACACUUGGAAGGAUUUUUGCCAUUUUUUACAGUACAAGUAGUUCCAUGUCUUCCAAUUAUUGAAGUUUCUACAUCUCUUCCCCAAAGUGCGUCAUUUUCUUCAUUGAGGGAUUUUGAUAGUGUCAUCACUUCAGCUAGUUCAAGUUUGUAUCAUGGUGAAACAUCAGAAUGUACAAUUACGUUGACCAACAAAGGACAACUACCUAUUGAAUAUCUAGAAGUAUCUAUUCAAAGUGCUUUGGAUUCGGCAACUCAGGAGAAAAUGUUUGUUUGGUCUAAUGAAGCAAUCCAGCAUCAGUUACCCCUUCAACCAGGAUCAAGUGCUGUCAUCAAUUUAACUUUAUAUGCACAUGCUAGUUUUAUAGCUCCUUUACAAGACCUCAAUAGUGGAAUCUUUGGAAGUUCUUUAAUAGGUAGCAGUUCUGUGGGGCCUAGCUCGUUACCGUCACAUUUUAAUUCUCCUAUGCACAGCUUACCUAGCCGAAGAACAGAAGUGAAUUCAAGUUUUCGUUCUACAAAUUCAGCUCAAUCUAGUUCAGCAGGAUGGAGAUCUCCAACAAAUUUGAUGUUACCAAACAAUGUGUUAUCUAGUGCAGUAGAAGGGCAAUUGCAACUUCGAUAUAGUGGUGGAUCGGGCUUUCAAGCUGAACACUGCCGAACAUGCUCUGUUUAUUUUACCCUAGAAAUUCUACCUUCCCUUCAAGUCACCAAUUGGGAUGUCCUACCUGCAGAAACACCUUCCCACUUCUAUCUGGUUCUUGACAUAGCAAAUCUAACAUCACAGGAAAUGGAACUUGAAUAUGCUCCCUCCAAAACUAUGCUUAUAGAGGGACAUGAAAGUUGUCGGGUACCUGUACCAGUGGAAAGAUGUCCACUUUCAAAAUUCAAAAGUUUGUAUGUUGAGAAUUCAGAAAACGGCGGCAAAGGCGAUGCUAGUUUGGAUUUAGAUAAGAUUUAUUCAGAGCACAUAGCCAACUUAGUGGAUUUGAAAUGGCAGCUUUUGUCAACAGAAACUAAAGGCAAGGCCUCUUUACAAGGAAUCACUUUGGCUCCUUCCAUGUUGGAUGUUGUAGGAAUGUCUCCAAUACUGUGGGAAAUUCUAAUAAAUGGUGAUGUGUUUAAACCUCAAGAAGAAAUUAAUUGUGAAGCAGGAGACUGUUUGGAGUUAUUAGUGAGGGUAACCAAUUGUUUUGAUAAGGCAUUUCAGCAGAUAAUGCUUUGUAUACAAUUUUAUCAAGAUUAUGAAAAUGGGAACUUCAAUUAUAGAAUGGAAACGAGAUUGGCUAUGACUGGCACUCCCAGACAUCUGAUUUCAAAUUUGGACCCCCAACAGACUGUACAGUAUUCAUGUAAUGUUAUAUUCUUCACUAGUGGGCAGUACAAGUUAAGUGUUAAAUGUAGUACUGAUGGUUCGUCUUCAGCAUCAUAUAAUGGAUCUACAACAGGUCAUGUUUGGAAAUUCAUUCCACCUCCCUCUUUCACAGUAACUUAAAUGAACUACAUCAGUUUCAAUUUAUAUUUGUUAUGAAAAUAUAUAUGUUGAUAAAUAACAUUUUAAAUGUAAAAUAUUUCAAUAUUGUUAUAAAAAAUUCUCUGAAAUAACUGAGUAUCUACAAGUAUUUGGGA